GUACUUUUUAUAUAUGUAUGGACAAUAAUUGAUGCACGUAUCACUUUCUAUAUCAACCACAUUCUUCGCAUCUCCACAGCAAUCAUCGACAGUAUCCCACACCGAUUGCUAUGGGAGGGAGUGUGGUGGUCAAUGUGGCCACCGUCAUGAUGGUUAUUACUAUGAUGGUGGCUGUGGUGCCGUCCACCUGCCGGGCGAUAAUCAACGAUAACCACCACCGGCAGCUCUAUCCGGUAGUUCUGGUCCCUGGAGCCGGCGGGAACCAACUAGAAGCCCGAUUGACGGCGGAGUAUAAGGGGACGAGCUGGCUAUGCAGCCGAUUCUACCCAGUUAAGAAGCAGGAGGGAGGUUGGUUCCGCCUAUGGUUUGACGUCGGUGUAUUAUUAGCACCAUUCUUGGAGUGUUUUGCUGAACGAAUGACGCUUUACUACCACCCAGAAUUGGAUGAUUACAGAAAUGCUCCGGGAGUUGAGACGAGGGUGUGUCAGUUUGGUUCCACUCAGUCCCUUCUCUACCUCGAUCCUAAUCUCAAGCACAUAACGAGUUACAUGGAACCAUUGGUGGAGUCUCUACAAGAGCUUGGCUACACCGAUAACAAAACCAUGUUCGGAGCACCUUACGAUUUCCGUUAUGGCCUUGCGGCCGAGGGGCAUCCUUGCGACGUCGGCUCCACCUUCCUCCAAAACAUAAAGCAGUUAAUCGAGGAAGCAAGUGAUUCAAAUGGUGGAAAACCCGUCAUUCUCAUCUCCCAUAGUCUCGGUGGCCUCUUCGUCCUCCAACUCCUCAACCGCAACCCACCGUCCUGGCGGAAACAAUACAUAAAGCACUUCAUCGCACUAGCGGCACCAUGGGGUGGCACGGUUGACGAGAUGUUGACUUUUGCAUCCGGGAAUUCACUAGGAGUCCCCCUCGUAAACCCUUUGCUUGUUAGAAACGAACAACGGAGCUCAGAGAGCAACUUAUGGCUAUUGCCACGUACAAAGCAGUUCCCGCAGGAGAAACCACUUGUUGUUACCAAAAACUCGACUUAUUCUUCUUUUGAUAUUUCAAGAUUUUUAGAAGAUAUCGGCUUUCCUGAAGGGGUGCAGCCUUACCAGAAACGCGUCUUGCCCUUGGUGGAGAAGUUGGCUGCACCAGGAAUUCCGGUAACAUGUAUUAUCGGAAGUGGAGUUCAGACGCCGGAAUCUUUGCAUUACGGAGAAGAAGGGUUUGAUAAGCAGCCGGAGAUUGUGUACGGAGAUGGAGAUGGGACGGUGAACAUGGCGAGCUUGUUGGCUUUGGUGGAUGAGUGGAGGGACGAAGAGAAUCAAAGGCUUAAAGUUAUUAAAGUUGAUGGGAUCUCUCAUACGAACAUAAUCAAGGAUGACGAAUCACUCGAUCAAAUAGUUAAGGAAAUCACUAUUAUCAAUGAUGGUCUCUCUACUUCUUCAUUUGUUUCGAGUUCCUAAAGCAGAAAAAGAUUUGUAUAUAUAUGUGGUCAAAUGACACUUUAACUAUUUGAAAUUUCGACUUUUAGUUUAAUUAGACCUAAAAUUAUUUUCUGGCUCUAUAGGAAAUAAAGAAAGCACUAUUAUCGCUA